CUAGAUUGAUUUUCUUGAAAAAUAGGGGUUUAGCAAUAAAAACCCAAAACCGCUUUCGAAUCCCCCCUUCCUUUUUUCGAGAAUCAAAUCUCCGAAAAUAAAUCCCAAAAAAAAAACCCAGAAAGUCCAAUUUCAACAAUGCACUCGUAUAAGUACAGACAAGAAUUACCCAGAAUCGUGCAAAACCCAGAAAAAAAGGGGUAAUUAGGAAGAAAAUUACAUUACUAGAGAGAAUUAUACUGUAAUUAGAGAGAAUUAUAGUGUAAUUAAGUAAUGAUGUUGAGUGGUAAAUUGUUGUUUAGGGGAUUAAGUUGGGGGAAAUACAAAGAAACAGAGUAUGAAGGUUCAAGUCAUGCUGGAUUUGAUCUCACGGCUGAUAUUUUACCGUCACUUGGUGCUAGAAGCCGCCGUAAUAAUCUCAGACGUUAUGUUAUUUCCCCGUUUGAUGGCCGUUACAGGAUAUGGGAAUAUUUUCUGGUAAUUUUGGUUCUGUACACUGCUUUUAUCUCUCCAUUCGAAUUUGGUUUUCUUGAUAGGCCGAGAAUGCCAUUCUCAAUCAUGGAUAAUAUUGUGAAUGUGUUCUUUGCUCUAGAUAUCAUCCUUACUUUCUUUGUUGCAUACCUCGAUAAAAAAACAUACGUACUUGUUGAUGAUCGAAAAGUUAUUGCCAAGAGUUACAUUUGGAGCUUGAAGUUUCCUUUGGAUAUCUUCUCCAUUGUCCCCUCUGAAGCUGUUCAGAAGAUUUUCCCUGCUAAUCUACAUAUUUAUGGUGUGUUCAAUGUGUUCCGUCUUUGGCGUCUAACCAGAGUUAGUCGCCUCUUUAGCCGGUUGGAGAAAUGUAGGGAUGUUAACUACUUCUUGGUUCGAUGUAUUAAGCUUGUUUUUGUGACCCUUUUUACAGUGCAUUGUGCUGGGUGUGUGUAUUAUCAUCUUGCUGCAAAUUAUCGUCAUAAUAAGGCUACAUCAUUUGGUGAAUAUACCAUGGAGGAUUUCCUUAAGAUGAGUAAGUGGAGUCGAUAUGUGAUGUCGGUUUACUGGGCUAUCACUACUAUGACAACUGUUGGCUAUGGUGAUUUGCAUCCUGUCAACGAACUCGAGAUGCUUUUCGACAUUUUCUUUAUGCUAUUCAACCUUGGACUCACUUCAUACCUGAUAGGAAACAUGACCAACUUGGUUGUUCAUGGAAGCAGCCGCACUAGAACAUAUAGGGAUAGUAUUCAAGCAGCUUCAGGUUUUGCACAAAGGCAUCAGCUUCCUCAACGUUUGCAAGAACAGAUGCUUUCACAUAUUUGUUUGAAGUAUAGAACAGAUUCCGAAGGACUGCAGCAACAAGAGAUUCUCGAUUCCUUACCUAAAGCAAUCAGAUCGAGCAUUUCAAUUCAUCUUUUCUACUCUCUUGUAGAUAAGGUGUAUUUGUUCCGUGGUGUGUCCAAUGACCUCCUCUUUCAGCUGGUGUCACAGAUGAAAGCAGAGUUCUUUUCUCCAAAUGAAGAUGUCAUUCUUCAAAAUGAAGCGCCUACUGACUUCUACAUAGUUGUCAAUGGAAAAUUGGAUCUUAUUCAGUCCAAAAAUGGAUUAGAACAGGAUAUUGGAGAGGCGAAAAAGGGUGAUAUAUGUGGUGAAGUUGCUGUACUUUGUUAUAGGCCUCAACUGUUUACUGUGAGAACCAGGCGACUGUGUCAGUUGUUGAGGAUAAAUCGUACAAAUUUCUUGAACAUUGUGCAGUCCAAUGUAGGAGAUGGGAACAUAAUCAUGAACAAUCUCUUACAGCAUCUGAAAGAGCAGGAGCACAAUAAUGACAACAUCUCAAAGGAGAGUUUAGCGGUGAUAGAGAACAUGAUAGGUCAUGGUACGAUUGAUUUACCACUUAGCCUAUGUUUUGCUGCUAUAAGAGGGGAUGGUCAUUUGAUGCAUCGGUUGCUGAAACGAGGACUUGAUCCCAAUGAAUCAGAGAAUGGUGGAAGGACAGCUCUUCACAUUGCAGCAUCAAAUGGAAGUGAAAAAUGUGUGCGUCUCCUGCUAGACUAUGGUGCUGAUCCUGAUUGCAAAGAUCAAGAAGGGAGCAUACCAUUAUGGGAUGCAAUGCAGGGUGGUCAUGAGGCGGUGGUGAAACAUCUAAAAAACUACGGUGCUAACAUUCUUGCUGGCGAUGUAGGUCUGUAUGCUUGUAUAGCUGUUGAGAAAAACAACCUCGACCUCCUCAAAACAGUUGUUCGCGAGGGUGGUAAUGUAACUGUCACAGCAGCUAGUGUUGUUUCGAAGUUCAAUGGUAGCACAGCCCUGCACGUGGCGGUUAGCGAAGGAAACAUCAACACCGUCGAGUAUCUUCUUGAUCAAGGUGCCCACAUUGACUUGCCAGAUAUCCAUGGUUGGACACCGCGAGCACUUGCUGAGCAGCAGGGUCAUGAGCCUAUAUCUUCCCUGUUUCGAGCCAAGGCCGGGUCUAAACCUCAGACAGUACUCCAAGUCCCUGAAGAGAAUAAAAAGAACGUGAGUUUCCUACUGCGACAUGCUACUGCACCGACUUUCUCCAAUAGUAUGACACAAGAACACCUUAACUUAUCCGAAGAUGGAUCAGGAUCAGGAUCAGGAUCAGGGAUGAGGCCGAGGAGGAAGGCUAAUAAUUACCGCAACUCAAUCUUUGGGGUCAUGUCGGCUGCUCAAAAUGGACAAACUGAUGAUCCGUUUCCUGCAGUCAUUGAUCAAUUAGAUACCGGUAGACAGGGUGUUCAUCAGCAGAAGUAUGUUGCUCCUAGAGUGAUCAUUAGCUGGGCUCAAGGAGACCAGGUGGUGAAGAAGGUGCUUGUUGCAGUACCAAACAGCUUCGAGGAGUUACGAAAUGUUGUUUCUAACAAGUUCGGAUUCUCCCCCUCUCGAUUCGAGUUCGAUAAUGGUGCUGAAGUUGAUUGUAUUGAGGUCAUUAGAGAUGGUGAUCACCUUGUUCUCAUCAAGGAUGACACAAUUUUGUAACCAAUUAUUAUAGAUUUCCAUAAACUUGGGGAUUUUGUUUUUUUAGGCCUUCACCCCUUUUAAAUAUAGUCAAUUUUGAUAGGAACUGAGAGUAUUUCUGAGAGAAAAUCGUUAUUGUAAAAGUCAAUUUUGAUCACAUGAGUUUUGUUUAUAUCUUUGUUCCA